AUGGAGUGCAUGCGCGAUCAGCUUUACGAGGGUGUUGUGCUCAAUGGACGGUAUGAAACCAUAUCGCCCCUCAAUCAUGGCUCCUUUGGUAUGGUCUUCCAGGCCAAGGACCUCGUAACCGAGGAAGUCGUUGCCAUCAAGGUUAUCACCAAGUCGACCGCAACUGUCACCUGCCCCACCGCCUUUGCCAUCGACGAGCGCUCUGAGGAGCUCGGUGUCCAUCUUCGUCUUGGCUCGCACCCCAACCUUGUGAAUCUUCUUCAAUCGUUCGAGACCACCAACCACGUCUACCUUGUUCUUGAAUUCUGUUCCAACGGCGACUUGUACGAAGCCAUCCGCCUCAACAAAGGUCCUUUGGAAACCGAGCAUGUUCGGGACUUCAUGCAUCAACUUGUCGGUGCCGUGGAAGCCAUGCAUUCGAAGGGCAUCUAUCACCGCGACAUCAAGCCGGAGAACAUCUUCCUGACACAGUCUGGCUUGAUGAAGCUCGGUGACUUCGGCCUUGCUACUACCGAUGCCUGGUCUUGGGAGGUUGCUGUUGGUAGCGAUCGCUACAUGGCGCCUGAGCAGUACGACCCCACCAGCGCCGGCUAUUCAACCGCCAAGGCAGACAUCUGGGCCAUAGGCAUCUGCCUCUUGAACGUCCUGUUCUCGCGCAAUCCCUUUGCUGUUCCCUCAGUCUCGGAUCCCCUGUACGCCGACUUCGCUCUUGACCGCCAGAGCCUCUUUGAUGUCUUCCCCAACAUGUCUCAAGACACGUACGAGGUUUUGAUCCACUGCCUGGCCAUCGAUCCCGAGAAGCGUGACCUGUCUCUUGUCAAGGAAGCACUUGAUCGUGUCAUCAGCUUCACUAUCGAUGACGAGACUCUUGACGAUUUCUGCGCAGAUGAAUACGACCCUGUCGUUGCCAGCGCCAACCGCGAGCCCCUUCGUACACCGUCCAUCUCGACUCCUCAGCUCGACCAGGGUGGUUCUUUCCCUUGGGCCAAGGCUUUGGCUAUGUCCCCACCUCAACCUAUUCGUCAGUUGUCAGUCAUCCCGGAUACUGAGAUCUAUCCCGAUGAUCUCUAUGCUGGUCAUGGUGGUCGUUCCUGGUAUGAUGUCAAGCCCGCCAACGCUUCCAACGCCUCCUUCGUCGACUCGGGUCUUGGAGAGUCUAUUGAUUCGGGUCUGGGCCUUUCGUUCAAGCCUUUCGAUGUUCCGGCCCCGGCACCCAUGAACAUUGCUCGAUCCAAGCCCAUGCCAAUUGCCGCCUCACUCCCAGCCAAGGCCUUCAACAGCAUGGCAUCAGUGUUCGGCAAGAAGCGUGACGUCAUUUCCAAGAGCUGGAGCGACCUUUGGGACGAAGAAGAUGACGACAUCACCAUCGAGGAAAUCGAGAACAGCUUCACGCCAAAGAAAGAGAAGCCAUUCGUCCAGUCAGAGGCUGGCUCUGGUGUCUCUACUCCUCGCGGCGGUCUCGCUGAGCUCAAGAAUCCUGCUAUGGUCAACAACAGCAGGAGCCGCUCUCCCAAACCGAGUCCAAUCUCCACCAGCCACGUUAGUGAGCAGACUGGUUUUAUUUUCGAAGAGCACAACGCGGCAGCUCCGCGCUACUCUCCACCUUCUAAGCGCACGGCCGCAGACAAAUGGGCUGCACUUGGUGAUCGCAGGCGCUCUCCGCAGUCUGCACAACAUACGCCUCAGAAGCCUGUGAAGACGCCCGCGAAGCCCAUCAAGCAGCAGCAGCCACCAACUCCGAACUCCGCCCGGAAGCGUAGCCGGACUGGAAGCUGGAGGCGCCCCAUCCAUUGGGGCCCCAGCCCCCAGCAUGAGAAUGCUGAUAUUUGGUCCAAGUCCAAAAACAAGGACAUCGAUACCUGGAGCCUGAGUAAAGACUGGCGUCGUAACCAUGCACCUUUGCAUGACGACAUCGGUGACCUUGAGUGGGUUGGAGGUUGGAAUGACCUCCACUUGUAG